UUUGAUAUCUGUUUUUCAAGCAUCUGUUGAAAGUUGGGAUUUUAUCGGUAGUUUGUUAUUGCCCUUAAUUUUUUAUUUGUUUAUAUUAAUAAUUUAAAUAGAAUAUCAUAAAAUAAUGAUUAAAAAGUAACAUUAAUGUUGUAAAAUUCCAAAAUGCCGUAUUACUGCACUGUUCCUCGUUGCACAUCUAUGGCUGGAAAAGUGAAAGAUGUAUCUUUUCAUCAAUUUCCAAAAGACAAAGAACUUGCAAAACUUUGGAAUGAAAUUUUAAAAAGAGGAAAACCUUAUACAAAAUAUUCUAAAGUAUGUAGUUUACAUUUCAAACCAGAGGAUUACACAGUAACGGGUCUAGGCAAAAACAAAGGUCAAUGGAGAACUUUAAGGAAAGAUGCAGUACCAUCACAGAAUCUACCAUCUGAUUCAACCAUACAUAGCAUUAGGACUAGAAAUAGGGAAUUAAAUCUUCCUACUGGUAUAAUGGAUUCUCAGCUACAGCAUGUAGCGCAGGCCAUUUAUAUGCAGACAAUGCUGGCUGUAAAUGCUACUAAAAUUGGAGAUAUGAACAUGGCUUCAAUGUGUAAUGAACAAGGAUCAUCACCUAUUAGAGAGAGUUCAUCAUCCAUGUCCAGUAAUAGUUCAGGUCAAUUUAAUGAAACUAUGUCACAAAUUGAACAUUUAUUGUAUAAAAAUAAAAUAAACAGUGAACAUCCAGAAGAUUUGGCCACUAAAAACUAUACUAAUGAGAAUGCAAACAUGUCAUAUGGCCCUAUUAAAUCGGAAAUACAAGAUUUCAGUUCAAAACAAACAUAUAAAUGUAUAGAGUGUUCAAAAUGUUUUAAAGACCCUGAUGUGUUCUUUUUACAUAAACGCACUCAUCUACCAAAGAAUACAAGUGGUAUGGAUGUGUUAAGAAAAACCAUAACAGAUAAUGAAAAUAGUGAAAAAGAAAAUUAUAAUAAUAAUACAAGUAAAAAUUUAAGCGGCGAGAAUUCAACUGAAGAAACACUAAGAGCGAACCCUAUAUUAGCAAACUUAUUGAAAUCAACAAUGCCACAGACAUUACGUAGAGAUGAAAUGCAACAAGAAUUAGAUAGCAAAAGUGUUACCAGUAUAGAAAAGCAAAUGAUGGCAGCAAUGACAUUAAAUAUGAAGAACUAUUUCAGGAACUUGUCAUCAAUGAUGACACAAGUAGCAAUAUUAUCAAAAGAAAAUAUCAAUGAAGAAAUUGAUAAUUUAGUAUACGGGCUGCGGAAUGAUGAUUCUAGUGAAAGUUCAACAACUAAUUUAAAUGAUUUAAUGAAAGAGGAAACAAAUGAACAACAGGGUAUGCAGUUGGAUGAAGAGAAUGAUAGUCUGAAUAGUGAAUUUGACUGAUUAACACUAUAGUCAUAUACUAGACUCAAAUAUUAGUAAGAUUUUGUGAUCCGUCAAAAUAUAAGCCAUCACAAAUUAACAAUCCCAUUUAGAGAGCUAUCAUUAUCAUAUGGAUAGUAUAAAAAAAAUUGUUUGGUCAGAUUCAAAAAAUGAUUACUGUUUACUCUAUGAUAGAACAAGGUAAAGUGUGCUAUAAUAAAUAUCCAUUCACUUGAAAAACAUUAAGAAGUCUUUGGCUCAUGUAUGUCACUACGGAAGCGUCCAAAACCUACCCUAAGUGAGGGGUGACGAGGCCCUAAUAACCGAUGCCAGCCUAGUGUUUGUUGGUUGACUACAUCUUCCAUACAAUAACACAUUUGCGUUACUAAACAUUAAGUAUUUCUAUGAUUUUGUGAUUAUCAACUGGAAUGUUCAAUGUGAAAACUUUUUAAUCUGUUGGAAUUUGCCAUUUAUAAGAGGUAUAAAUGUCGUUUUUUUUAAAUAAUUAUGUGAGUGUUGUGCUCAUUAAGGGCUUGGAUAUCUGAUGUCAAUUACCCGCCUUUACUUUCUGACUGAUUUGUAGAUUAGUUUAUAUUUAGCCUUUAAGUUUAUGUAGAAAAUAAUUCACGUAUAUCACCAAAAUAAUCUUGUUUAUGACACAAUUUUGUGUUUAGUAUUUUUUCUCCUCAAAAUCAUAAUUUAUUAAAUAAAAAAAAACAACUAGCAAUAAUGAAUAUUUUAUAGGUGUCAAUACUAAAAGUCUUGUUUUAAAUACAAUAUUUUUUAUGUAAAGAAGCCCACCUUUUAUAACUCCUUUUAUUUGCAAGCUUAAAAUGGUGUAUGUGCUUGAUUCUUAGUAGAUUGAUAAAUAAAAAAUUAUAUAUGUAAAAUGUACACCAUAGGCAAAUCCCUUUUUUUUUAAUUCAUGGUGACCAAGUGCCUUAGAUUAUUACACUAUUUUGUAUAAAGGAGGUUCUAUAGCCAAAUCCUAAUUAAGAAUUAUAAUGGUGUGAUAUUUUACAUGGUAUCUGUUCUUGUAUGAUUUUUAUAUAAAUAAAAUCAUUUGUAAUAGUGAUGGCUAUGUAUCCAUUAAGUCCAUUAGUUAAAUAAAUUUGAAGCAAGAUGUUAAAUAAAUAUAUAGUUUAGUAUAACGCAACAUUUAUAAUUUUAGGUUAUAAGAAGUUAGAGACAAAAUAUUAUGCCUUAAGUAAUAUAUUGGCAACAACUAUACCAAUCAAUUUAAGAUUUAAUUCAAAUUUCAGCCACCGUACAAAGUAUUUGUACUGUAAGAGUGUGUGAAAGACUGCCGUCUAAGACUGUUAGUAAAUUAUAUCAAAAAGAUAUAUUUAAACAUAAACUUUGACUUAAAAAAUUGUUUAGUUGAGGUAAUGUAUCUAGUAUUUAGUCAAAAAUUGGGUUUUUGUUGAAAAACAUCUUCCUCUUUAAAAAUGGUGACACAAUGUAAAAUUUUUUGAUUUCAGUGGAUACCUACAGUAAUAAUUUUGUUAUUUAUCCUUCCUUUAUAUUACAACUAAAUUCUUAAAUCAAAAUUUAUAAAAAGAUAACCUGUUUUAAUUUUUUCUAGAUUAUGUUGAAAAUAAUUAUAUC